AUGUCGGCCGGCGCAUACGAUCGACACAUUACCAUCUUCGCUGACAAUGGUCGGCUGUACCAAGUUGAGUACGCCUUCAAGGCGAUUACGGCUGCCAACAUUAUGUCCGUCGGUGUGAGAGGCAAGGACUGUGCCGUUGUUCUGUCUCAGAAGAAGGUCCCCGACAAGCUUAUGGACCCCGCCUCCGUAACCCACAUCUUCCAACUCUCUCCCUCGGUCGGCUGCGUCAUCACAGGAUCCAUUGCAGAUGCCCGGGCUUUCGCUCAAAGGGCCCAGGGCGAAGCAGCAGAAUUUCGAUACAAGUAUGGGUAUGAGAUGCCAGCUGAUGCACUAGCCAAGCGUCUUGCCAACAUCAGCCAAGUCUACACUCAACGAGCUUACAUGCGACCUUACGGCGUUGCGACCACUCUGAUUUCGCUCGACUCCGAAUAUGGCCCCCAGCUGUUCAAGUGCGACCCUGCUGGAUACUAUAUCGGUUACAAGGGAACUGCGGCAGGCCCGAAGCAACAGGAGGCGCUGAACCACCUUGAGAAGAAGCUCCGUAACAAGGAGCAUGCGGAGGGGUCUUGGGAGGAGGUUGUUGAGCUGGCCAUCACAACACUGAGCACAGUUCUGAGCAUGGAUUUCAAGAAGGGAGAGAUCGAGAUCGGUAUCGUGGGUGGACCUCGACCUGACGGUGAAGAGGGAACCUACUCAGGAUUCCGAACAUUGACUGAGGACGAGAUUGACGACCGGUUACAAGCUAUCGCAGAGAAGGACUGA